CCCCUCCUUGUGACUACGACACUGGCUGGGAAGAGAUGAAUAAAUACUGCUACAAGAAAUCCGAGGUUAAGAACUCUUGGUAUGAUAGUCUGGUGAACUGUGAGAUAGAGGGAGGUUCACUUCUCACUAUCGAGACCAACAUUGAGCAGCAGAUGGCCAUAGAUCUCGCUCUCGACGCCCGGGAUAAUGUUUGGAUUGGACUCAACGAGCAGGGUCAUGCUGGACAGUUCACUUGGGUUGAUGGUGAGGAGAGUAACUACACUCACUGGAAGGAAGGUCAGCCUGAUCUAUCCUACAACGGGUUUGGCGCUGCUGUGGUGGAUAAGUCAGAUGAUGAUGGUCACUGGGUGGUAGAGAAAGUCACCGACCAGUACCACUACAUCUGUAAGAAAGUCCAAGGAUCAUGUCUCCCGGGGUGGGAGGUGUUCGAGGAUUCCUGCUACUAUUUCAACACGGAAGAUGUGGACUCCUUGGUGUGGGAGGACGCCAAGGGCAUCUGUGAGAGCGUCGGUGCCUCCCUGGUAGUCUUAGACACUGUGGCAGAAGACGCCUUCUUCUACGACCAUAUCCCAGAGAACGACCAGCUCUGGCUCGGUCUUUAUAGCAAGCCUCAGGAUAACCUCUACUGGACGGAUGGAACUGUAAUGUCUAGCAAAAACUUCAGUUACAUGACCACAAAAGACAUGAAUGAUGCUAUCCAAGCGGAUGAACAACAGUGUGUCUUCUUCCAGAUUGGUGAGUCUGACGUGACCACACCGAUAUCUUCGUGGGUGCCAACUGACUGUCAUAUCCCAAGGCACUAUGCCUGCGAGGUGCCAGCCGGCCAGCCUGUCAUCUUGAUCCCUCCGUCCAAUGAAAGGUACUGCCCAGAUGGAUGGGAGAAGGAGAGUGACCACUGUUACAUGUUCAGUACACAGGAGAUGUCAUGGUCAGCAGCAGCAUCCAGCUGUGCCUCUCAAGACUCAACACUCGUCUCUAUCCUCUCCUGGAGAGAACAAGACUUUGUCAAGUUGUACCAGCAGGGUGGAAGUUGGAUUGGUUUAAAUGACCGUAAGACAGAAAACGCUUGGAUCUGGAGUGAUGGAUCUAGUGUCACUAUCACAAACUGGAAUGUUGGUGAGCCUACUGGUGGUGGUGAGAAUUGUGCACAGAUGCUGGACACAGGCAAGUGGAAUGACAUUCCCUGUGACCUUCAGUUGGUAUUCAGCUGCAAGAAGAAAGCAUCUUCUACGCCAAUUGGCACACUAACCACCACCACUGCUGAGCCAGACACCUCAGCAUGUGGCAUAGAUUGGACAGAAAAUCCGGUGACUGGAGAGUGCUACCGUCUGGAGCUGGAGGAGUUAAGUUUCGCUGAUGCUCGUUCCCACUGCACAGAACUAUUUUACUACAGUGGCCAGUCCAAGCCAGACCUCAUCUCCAUCUACUCAUCCCAAGAACAAACUUUUGUCUAUGAUCUGGUGACUAGGCAGCACCUGAGCCAGACAUCAUUAUGGCUGGGCAUGAAGAACGAUGUUGAUGGCGCUAGAUGGAUGGAUGGCACACCUGCUGCAUACUUCAACUGGGAUGAUGGUGAACCCAAUGGGUAUUUCACUGAAAACUGCAUAGUAAUGUACUUGGAGUCUGGCAAGUGGAAUGACAAUGUCUGCGAUCUUCGUGCUGCUUUUAUAUGUGAGAAAAAAGGGACAAACUACGUGGGUCCUCAGCCACCUCCUCCACCUGCUGUGACGUGUCCCGAGGGCUGGUCAUACUGGAACAAUCACUGUUACUUCUUCUCUGAUACCACCACUGACUGGGACUCUGCUCAUGAUGCUUGUAACAACAACAUGGGCAGUGAACUUGUCUCAAUAGCAAGUGAAGAUGAAGAUAACUACUUGGCUUCUGUGCUAUCUAGUGCAUACAAACUUGCUUGGAUAGGUCUACAUGAUGACAACAAUGGUGCUAACUGGCACUGGGUGGAUGGCACUCCCUUGGACUACACUAAUUGGUAUUAUACUGAGCCCAACGAUCAAGAUGGAAAUGAGCACUGUGCAGAGAAAAGGUAUGACUAUGGCAACCAGUGGAAUGAUAUGCGCUGUUCCGAAACCAACUAUUAUAUAUGUAAAAUUACUGUCACAACAUGUCCACAAACAUGGGCAUACAAGAAUGGGAAGUGUUAUUUUGCUAGUGACUUUGAGAUUACUUGGAAUGAGGCGAGAGACAAGUGUAAAGAAUAUAAUACUGAGGCUGACCUCGUCAGUAUCCACUCCGAUGAAGAAAAUGCUUUCUUCACUGAGCAGUUAACACACAAGAGUGAUGCUACUUGGCUAGGCCUCUCUUACAACCAAAUAUCUGACCAGUGGAUCUGGAGUGAUGGCCAGGUCAAUAACUACACUAACUGGAAUGAGGGAGAACCCAACAGUGACACUGAGAAUUGUGUUGAGUGCAUUGACUACCCUACUGAUCCUGCUCAUGGCAAGUGGAACAACUUGGAUUGUACUGCAUCCAGGGCAUUUGCAUGUGAAUUAUUCCCAACACACACGGUGGGCUGUGAGGAGGGUUGGUUCAACUUCGACAACUACUGUUAUUGGGCAUCUGACUCAUAUAACUGGGUAAGCUUCAGCAGUGCCCGAGCAGACUGUCAAAGCAAAGGUGGGGACCUCGCCUCCAUUCACAGUGCUGAAGAGAAUGACUAUAUCGUGUCCCAAGUCAAUUCUGAUUAUUAUUAUAACACCUAUUGGUGGAUUGGUAUGACAGAUAGUGGUCAUGAAGGCACCUACCAGUGGUCUGAUGGUACCUCUGUCACCUAUACCAACUGGGAUAUAUUAAGCUAUUAUUGAUGAUGCAGCAUAUAAAGGCUCUUGCUACAACUUGCCUGACAUGGAAUACUCAUGGAGUGAUGCCAAGGCUUAUUGUGAGUCUCAUAGUGCACACCUGCUAGUCGUCAAUGACAGGUAUGAGAGUGCUUUUGUAUCAGCUAUGUUGGGUGACCUAGACAGCUGGGCAUGGCUGGGUCUCUCUGGUGCUGUGGGCGAUGAUGGUGCUAUCACUUUCUCGUGGGUCAACGCAGAUGCUGUCGACUUCACAAACUGGGAUGAAUUUGAACCUGAUGCAAACCAUGGACUGUGUGUGAUGGCGUCUGGGAAGAAGAGUAACCCUGGAUUGUGGAUUGUUGGGAGUUGUGACAAAACGUACAAUUUUCUUUGUGAGUAUGAUCGGAGUGGGUACACUACCCCACCUGUGCCAACCACCCUCGCUCCUAGUGACUUUUGUGCCUAUGGCUGGACUCUCAAGGAUGAACAUUGUUAUCAGGUGGUGUCUGAUGCGAUGUCAUGGGGCCAGGGAGAGGAGUUCUGUAUGUCUAUGGGUGGCCAUCUUGCUAGCGUGGGAAGUGCCGAGGAGGAAACAAUCAUUCAACAAUUGCCUGGCAUGAGUGACCACACCUUCUACAAGUCUGUGUGGGUCGGCCUUAGGAUGGGGUCAGAGUCAGGUUUUGAAUGGUCAGAUGGAACAGCAUUUGACUAUGUGAACUGGGAUGAGGAUCAGCCAGACAACCACUAUGAGAGGGAGAACUGUGUUUCUGCAAACAUGUUAACCAUGAAGCUUUCAGACAGUGUAUGUGGUGCCUACUUUCCCUUCAUUUGUGAGGCCCCUCAAGAUCUACAAUAUGUCUGAUAAUAUGUUCUGGAUUGGAGGCCAAGCUAGUCUUGACUCUGGGUACAUGUGGAUUGAUGAAACUGCCUUUGACUUUGACAACUGGGCAAAGGGUGAACCCAACAAUGAGUAUGACCAAGAAGACUGCAUAAGCAUGUACAACCAUCAACAAGGGUACUGGAAUGAUGCCAACUGUGCCCACACAAUGGGAUGCAUCUGUAGGAAGCUGCAUGGUCAAACCUUCCCACCCCCAAAGACCACUAAAAUUCCUGAUGGUCAUUGUCCAGAUGGCUGGCUCCACACAGGU